AUGGGAAGGGAAGUUACUGGCAUAAAUGUCAUGGACAAGAAGCCAAAUGGUGUAACUUCAAACGGUAGUUUUAGUGAUAGAGUGCGUGUUUCUCCCAAAAUUGCCGCAAUGGUUGAAGCAAUGGAUCAUGAGAUAAAGGAAUCUGCUGAAGGUAAUUCUUUGAGUGCCAAAAGCACUAAAUUAAAUGCUAGUUUGCCUGAAGAGCGGAAUGAUAAAUCUGAAGUACAGAAGAUGAGUGAUGAGGAAAAAGAAUUAAGCUCACCUAUUGCAAUAACAAUUCCCGUGGAUAAAGAGCAUACAAGCCCUCCUGCUCCACAACAGUCCGAUCAGGCUACUGUAAAGCAUGUCACCCACACACAGACUGUUGAUGCUAAAGCUGAUUCAAAUGGUCAGAGCUUGUCGCCAAAUGCUAAGAAUGCACACUCACCUGAUUCAAAUGGUCAAAACUUGUCGCCAAAUGCUAAGAAUACACACUCACCAAAUUCCUCAAAGAACUCACAGACGAACUCACCUUUUACAACAAGGAAGCUUGCGCAACAUGAUAAGAAGCAUCAUGAGGAUGAAGACAAUUGGUCUGUUACUUCCUCUAGUGUUGCAUCUGGACGUACUGCCAGAUUCAAGGUAACUGUAGGUACAGCCCCUACGUUCAGAAGCUCAGAUCGUGCAGAGAAACGAAAGGAGUUCUAUAUGAAGUUAGAGGAGAAAAAUCGAGCUCUGGAAGAGGAAAGACUCCAGUAUGAGGCUAGGCGAAAGGAAGAGGAAGAUGCAGCCAUUAAGCAGUUGAGAAAGAACUUGGUCAUUAAAGCAAAGCCAGUACCAAGCUUCUACUAUGAGGCGCCUCCUCCAAAAACAGAAAUCAAGAAGCAGCCUCCACUGACUCGGCCCAGGUCACCAAAACUAUCUCGCCCCAAGUCACCAAGACUAUCUCGAAGAAAGAGCUGUGGUGACGUUGUUAACAACUCAUCUUCAGAAGCUUCCACUCGAGUACAUCACAGCACUUGCAGUACUCCUAAAAGUGGGUCUGGUACCCCCGGCACUCAUAAAAACAAGGACCUGAUCACUGGACGUAAAAGCCACGGUGCUUGCAAAACCAAAGAAUGGACCAAACCGGACAAGGAAACCCAAACAGCUCCUCCUAAUAUCAUCGAGCAGACAAAUGUGGACAUAUCAGUCCAAUAA